AUUGUCCAUGCAAAUUAAAAAAAAAAAAGAACUUUCUUAUGGCACUCUCUAAUUCAGAGGAAACAAAUAAUGGCGUUGCAUACACACAAUUACCGGAGGCGGAGACCGCCUCCCAUAAUUCUCCGGCAUCAACAUACGGGAGAUCGAAAAGAGUUACGUUUAUGAUAUUAACAACGUUUGUGGUGUUUAUAUUAUUUUUCGUAGCGGUAAAAUACGGUAGUUAUGAAGAUAUUGAUGAUGUAAAUCCAGGAUCGGAUCCAUCACAAGAUACGGUGUGUAACAUACUCGGCUCUAAUCUAAUGCCAUUGACCACCAUGAGGAUGGUGGAGCGUGGUGUGGCGGAAGGCGUCUCUGCCAAGUCACAUGGACAUUUUUUGGGUGCACGGCCAUUUCCGUGGACCAAAAAUAUGUUGAUUUGGCAAAGAACGUCCUUCCACUUUCAACCUAAGAAGAAUUGGAUGAAUGAUCCGAAUGGUCCAUUAUACUACAAAGGAUGGUACCAUUUGUUCUAUCAAUACAAUCCAGAGGCAGCUGUAUGGGGAAACAUUGUGUGGGGCCAUGCAGUCUCACGCGACCUAAUCCACUGGCAGCAUCUGCCAGUGGCCAUGGUAGGUGAUCAAUGGUACGACAUUAACGGUGCAUGGACCGGAUCCGCUACCUUUUUACCAGAUGGUAGUCUCAUCAUGUUAUACACCGGGUCAACCAACGAAUCGGUCCAGGUCCAAAACCUGGCGUACCCAGCCGACCCAUCAGAUCAUCUCUUAAGAAAAUGGGUCAAGUAUGAGGGCAACCCGGUCCUGGUCCCACCACCCGGUAUUGCCAAGAAGGACUUCCGUGACCCCACGACCGCGUGGACCACGCCGGAGGGCAAAUGGCGGAUUACUAUUGGCUCAAAAGUUAAUAAAACCGGAAUCUCAUUGGUCUAUGACACAGUUGAUUUUAAGAAUUUUGAAUUAUUAGAAGGUGUGUUACAUGGUGUACCGGGUACGGGUAUGUGGGAGUGUGUGGACUUUUACCCGGUAUCGAAAGUUGCUGAAAAUGGGCUGGACACUUCAGAAAAUGGGCCUGCAGUUAAACAUGUAUUGAAGUCCAGCCUCGACGAUGAUCGAAAUGACUAUUAUGCCCUUGGUACGUAUGAUGCAUUGAAUGGAAAAUGGGUUCCAGAUAACCCAACUAUUGAUGUUGGCAUUGGACUAAGAUAUGAUUAUGGUAAUUUUUAUGCAUCAAAAACAUUUUAUGACCAAGAGAAAAAGAGAAGAGUCCUUUGGGCUUGGAUCAAAGAAACUGAUAGUGAAGCUGCUGAUAUUUGCAAGGGUUGGGCCUCACUUCAGCCAAUUCCAAGGACUAUAAAGUUUGAUAAGAAGACUGGAAGCAACAUAAUUACAUGGCCAGUGUCAGAGGUAGAAACUUUGAGAUCAAACAGAGUCGAAUUUGAUAAGGUUAAGGUUAAUCCAGGGUCAAUUGUCCCACUAGAAGUUGGUUCCGCCGCUCAGUUGGACAUAAUGGCUGAAUUUGAAGUAAACCAAAAGGUGUUGGAGAGAAUAGAUGGUAGUAAUGGAACAUAUGAUUGUAUAAACAGUGGUGGGUCUGCUGAACGUGGUGCAUUUGGACCAUUUGGUUUAUUGGUUCUAACAGAUAAUGGCUUAUCAGAACAAACACCAAUCUAUUUCUACAUUGCUAAGGAUGCUAAAGGCAAUUUCAACACUUUUUUCUGCAAUGAUCUCACCAGGUCAUCUGAAGCAUCAGAUGUUCAUAGAUUAAUGUAUGGCAGCACUGUUCCAGUUCUCCAAGGAGAGAAACUUACUCUAAGAACACUGGUGGAUCAUUCAAUAGUAGAAAGUUUUGCACAAGGUGGAAGGACAGCUAUAACAUCAAGGGUAUAUCCAACAAAGGCAAUAUAUGAAGAUGCUAAGCUCUAUUUAUUUAACAAUGCCACUGAUAUUAGCAUUACUGCCACACUCAAGAUUUGGCAAAUGGAUUCUGCUAAUAUACAAUCUACUUAUACUUAAUUAAUUCCACCGAUAAUUAUAAUGUACCGAGAUAUAUCAUUUAUUGAUAUUUCUUAAUUUUUGAUUUUCCACCAUGUAUUUGUUUUGUGGCAUUCUUUUAUUUAUUUUUUAUUGUAAUAAUUUCAUCUUUCCCAUUUUUCCUUUUUUAUUCCCUCCGUUUAUGUACUCCGGAUAUCUUCAUUAGUGAAACUCAAAUAAUGAAGAAACCAGUGAAGUGUUUUAUCA